AUGACUCGCCAAAUCCUGCCCGUCCCCAACCCAGUCCCGUCCUACUGGCUCUCUGAAGAGUCUCCGCUCGCUGAUCUGCGCUCGUCAACCCGCUUGCCGGGGAAGUGUGGCGUGGCAGUCAUUGGCGCGGGUUUGGCGGGCGUGUUGACUGCUUACCGUAUACUCCAGAACAGUGGGACGGAGAGCGGUGGCGAGCACCGCGACCCUGAGGCUGGACAGAAGAGCCCGAGCAGUAAUGCAGAUGGGGAACUAACGGAAAAGCUGUCUGAGUGCGCGACGAGCAGGAAUGGCGGUCAUGUCAAGGAGCAGGUCACUACGCUUUUGAACCUGCCUUGCGGCGCGGAGCAGACGGGGAGGAAGAGAGUAGAGCUCCAAGACUACGUCGAGCGCGCCAUGUCUGAUGUAAAACGGGUCGUUGAGGAGGAAGAUCUAGACUGCGAGUUUGAGCUCCGCCGCAGUUAUGACGUGUUUACUGAUGCUGGGGAUGCCGGGAGUGUGUUUCAGCGGUAUGAGGAUGCGAGGAAGAGGGGCGAGGCAUGGACGCAGAACGUGUCUUGGGUUGGAGAAGAGAGAGUGGAGCAAAUCACCAGUAUCAAAAGCGCGAAAGGCGCGUUCAGUGUCCGUGCUGCGUCGUUCUGGCCGUAUAAGUUUGUAGCUGGGUUGUUGGAGCGCAUGGUCAAGAGAUGGCCAGACAGACUGAAUGUGCAAAUGUGCACGCCCGUUACCUUAUUGACGAUGAGUUCGUCUGGCGCCAAUGUGCUGGUAACAGACAGGGGUACACUCACGGUGAAAAAAGUUGUGAUGGCAACAAACGCAUACACCGCGGGUCUGCUUCCAGCCUUCAGUGGUAGAAUCAUCCCCGUCAGAGGCACGGCGAGCCACCAUGCACCGCAGAAACCGGUGAAUCCGCAUCUUAACAAUAUGUAUAACAUCAACUUCGGCCCCGGAAAGGGCGUCGACUAUCUCAACCCGCGGCCUGACGGCGGUAUCGUAGUCGGCGGCGGCGCGUGGCUCUUCGCCCACAACGUGUCGAGCUGGAGAGACAACUUCGACGACGCGCACCUGUUCCCUCCACACGAGAUAUUUCUUGGCUGGAAAGACAGCGGAAGUGUGAACGAUCAUGUGUGGACGGGGAUUAUGGGCAGGACGGGUGACGGACAGCCGUUCGUGGGGAGGGUGCCGGGGAAAAGCAAUAUGUGGGUGCUGGCGCGGUUCAAUGGAGGUGGGAUGUCGCUUAUUGCGGUGGCUGCAAGGACGGUAGGAAAGAUGGUCUCAGAAGAAAAGGGCUUUGAAGAAGGAAAGAGGAAGGGCUGUUGA